GAGAAAGAUAAGGUGGUUAAAAUACUCCAGACCUCAAAGCCACGCAUGCAAGAGGUAAGAGGUUGCAGUCAUUGAAGCAUGGCUGAGGUAUGGCACCUCCAUGAUGGAGGUUUAUAAACUGUAGAUAUGGCCUGUAACUGUUACUGUACUUCUGGGGUAGGGAGAGAUAAAAUACAUGUGUAUGUGUUGUUUUUUCAACUGGGCUUUAAUUACUAGACACAAGCAGCAGUUCAGAAAUCUGGUCUCUGUUUGUUGUAGAGGUCACCAAAUCAUUAACAUUGUCAAUCUGGCAGUAGCUAAUUUCAAUAGCACCUGAUGUUGCAACGCCUCCUUUAGUUGCCCUAGCCAAUCAGAUCCUGGCUUCAGCUGACAGAUGGUCCCAUAAAUGGAUGUAAAAAGGAGAAGCUGCAAGCCAAUUUCACUAAGGCUCUGUUCAGUUGUUCUUAUCUGCAUCCUAGAAUCGGGGGCUUCAACAGAGUGCGCUUUUUUUUUUUUUUUUUUUUUUUUUUUUUUUUUUUUAAAUUCUUUUGCUGCACAAAACGUCUGCACUGUGCUUUGUGGAUCUUAAAAAAAAAAAAAUCCCUGAAACCAUAGCAAAUCUUUAGAAGAGUUGAAGCUUUUCAAGACCCAAUAUUUGCCAUUAAGAAUGGUUAUGAUAAUUAGCACCAUGGAGCCUCAGGUGUCGAAUGGCCCUACAUCCAAUACGACCAAUGGACCCUCCAGCAACAGUAGAAACUGUCCUUCCCCCAUGCAGACAGGGGCUGCCACAGAUGACAGCAAAACGAACCUCAUAGUCAACUAUUUACCCCAGAAUAUGACACAGGAGGAAUUCAGGAGUCUCUUUGGGAGCAUUGGUGAAAUAGAAUCCUGCAAACUUGUGAGAGACAAAAUUACAGGGCAGAGUUUAGGGUAUGGAUUUGUUAACUAUAUUGAUCCAAAGGAUGCAGAGAAAGCCAUUAACACUUUAAAUGGACUCAGACUCCAGACCAAAACCAUAAAGGUGUCAUAUGCCCGUCCAAGUUCAGCAUCAAUCAGAGAUGCUAACUUGUAUGUUAGCGGCCUUCCAAAAACGAUGACCCAGAAAGAACUAGAACAGUUAUUUUCACAAUAUGGGCGCAUCAUCACCUCACGAAUUCUGGUUGAUCAAGUCACAGGUGUCUCUCGAGGUGUGGGAUUUAUCCGUUUUGAUAAGAGAAUAGAGGCAGAAGAAGCCAUAAAGGGACUAAAUGGCCAGAAACCUAGUGGUGCUACAGAACCAAUUACUGUGAAGUUCGCCAAUAACCCCAGCCAGAAGACAAGCCAGGCACUCCUUUCGCAGCUGUACCAGUCUCCCAACAGACGCUACCCUGGACCACUACACCACCAGGCUCAGAGAUUCAGGCUGGACAAUUUGCUUAAUAUGGCCUAUGGCGUAAAGAGGUUUUCCCCGAUCACAAUUGAUGGGAUGACGAGCCUUGUUGGAAUGAAUAUUCCUGGCCACACUGGGACUGGAUGGUGCAUCUUUGUCUACAAUUUGUCUCCCGACUCAGAUGAAAGUGUGCUGUGGCAGCUCUUUGGCCCCUUCGGAGCAGUUAAUAACGUCAAGGUGAUCCGCGAUUUCAACACCAACAAGUGCAAGGGAUUUGGCUUUGUCACUAUGACCAACUAUGAUGAAGCUGCCAUGGCAAUUGCCAGCCUUAAUGGAUACCGUUUAGGAGACAGAGUAUUGCAAGUUUCCUUUAAAACCAACAAAACCCACAAAUCCUGAAUUUCAUAUCUUUACUUACUAAAACAUAUAUAUAUAUAUAUAUAUAAAUAUAUAUACGAACAAACAAAAACUCUGCAAGGCUUAUAUUCAACCAUGGACUUUAUAAGCCAGUGUUGCCUAAGUAUUAAAACAUUGGAUAUCCUGUGAUGAACAGGAAAGGAUUUUAUAAUGCUUAGAAAAAAACAAAAACAAAAAAAAACCUUUGAUGCAUUGAAUGUUCUUUCAUAGCUGUCGUUGUUGAAUAUAAUAUACAUAGAUAACAAUGUGCAGGGAUUUUUACCCGGCCAGCUAGUUUUACUACCUUCCUUGAAGGUGGCUCUUUUUAAGAUGACCAUUCACUCAUUUGAAAAAAAUAAAAAACAAAAACAAUUUUUACAAACUAAUGGGAUUAAAAGAAAGAAAAAAGAUUUUUCUUUUUUUUUCAAAUGUUGAUCCAAUCAGAUUGGUAAACCCCCCAUAUAAAUUAAAGAGGAACAAUAAAAAUUGCAAAAUAAAAAACAACAACAACAAAAACCACAUAUUUUUGCAACCUUUUUUAUUUUUCCUUUUUUCUUUUAUAUCAUGUGAACUAAACAGUCUUCUGUUAGGGAAUGGGGUAAAAGGGGGAUACCUGAUGACAGAACAAUUUAAAUAACAUUAACAAUGUUGCCAAAGAGGUGGUCUCUUUGCUGAAAAUGGGUUUCAAGAAAAAUCUAUUUUUAUAAAAUAUAAAGAAUUUUUACAAGAGAAUCUGGAUUUGAGAAAAAAUAUUUUGACUGGCUAAUUUAGGGGAAAUUGACAACUUUGUCAUGUUCAUACUGCACUGGUAACUUUUUAGAGAUCAAGACGUGUGUUUUAAACUGGAUUAGUAGAUUGUUUUUUGAAGGAUGGGUUACAAACAGAUGAUCUUCGUAUCUUUUCAUAGCAUGUAAUAAAAAUAUUAAAGACAGUACGGGAGAGUGUUCUUCCCAGGCACACAGUUACCCACAGUCAAAACCCAAAAGCAAGGAGAUGAAUUGCAAGACAGUUUUUCUUUAAGUCAUCAGUAUGGGAUAUCAGCAGAACAAAAGUUUAAAAAAAAUAAUUGUUUUGAUCAAAAACUUCCUUGGUUUGAGCAGUAGGUGCUACAGAAUUAUUUACAUAUCUUAGUAUCAUAGUUAAAUGUAAUGUGUUUAGAAAAAAUAAUUUGCUUAAAAUUUGUUAAGAAUUUUCAAAUUCACUUUCUAGCCCAUGCUGAUAUAAUUGGGCUGUGUUGGCACAUUUGGAACACUGUUUAUGUUGCUUGAAACACUUAUUUAUUUAAUUGCCGAUGUGAUGCAUAUGGCCAAAAUCAAAUAUAGCUAGUUUGGCUAGUCUACUUAUUUGUUUACUUAAACUAUGGGAAGAAGCAUAUUAUUGUGUCAUUUUGUUGUGUGUGUAUGUGUAUAUAUAAUAUAAAUAUAUAUAUAAAAAGUUAUUUUUCUUUUUGUUAAUUUAUUAUAAGUUGUAACACUUUGCUAGUUUUGUUUGUAUAUGUCUUAAAAUGUUUUCUUAUGAUACUUAAGUGACAGAGGUAUCAAGGUAACUUGUGUAGAAAUAUUGUUUGAUAUAUUGUCAUGUUUGUUGUGAAUAUUUUUUCUUACUGCACAGUAGAAAAGAAAACAACUGGGUCUUUAUUUUAAUGUAAUUCAGAUUGGGGAAAACAGAGCUAAGGGAACAAAAUGACUGAGGGGGUGCUCUCCCAUGUCCAGUGCACUGAUCAUUUUAGUAUGUUUGUGCUUUGUACGGUUAUAUAUUUAAAACAAAAAAGGGUCAUGCUCUUCCCUGAGUACUAGAAACAGUUACUCGCUAUGCAUAAUCUAGUUGAUAGUUAAAUUUGCUAUUGCUUUUCUUGUCUUGUUAUAUAAAAUCUUUUCAAUACAAGUUUAGUCUUAAUGGUAAUAAAACGUUAUGGUUAUUUAUAA